AUGCUAGAAAAAAAUUAUACAGCCUUAAAAAACAAUGAGAUUGUCUUCAUUGUGUUUGUUGUCUUCGUUGUGAUUCUGCUGGCCUCUACAGUAUCUUCGGAUCAGGAAGACAACGAAUAUGACAGAUCUUGUUGGCUCGAGAAAUAUUACGAGGGAAAAUGGAACAGGGUAAUUGAUGACAUGGUCUCAAAAGAUUACGUGGUAAUAGAGGAUAACGAGAUGGAAGUUACCAUAGACGGUAUAACCCAAACGUUCGACUGUAUAGAUGGUGAUACAGAGGGCUACAACAACCUCAUGUUGUCUUCAAAUGGCACCUCUUACCUUUGUCUGGUCUUCCGAUACAGAGACGAUUCUCCUAGGAUUGAUUAUUCUGUCCUAACAAACAAUGGUACUUUUGAAAGUUUAAGUCCCUUACCAGCAAUGCUCACUUUUGAAGCCGCUUGUGGGAACUUUACAGAUGGAUUGGUAGCGUUGGACUUACAGAGAGACUACACAGAUACAGCUUUGUUACAAGACUUCUUUGGAUAA